UUCCGAAGCGUCUAGCUACUGCUAGGCUUACAUCACUUUGUACCGAUAUUAUUCUCAUGGAGAAUAGUCCAGAAGGUUUUUGUUCCUGGCAUCUCCUUGAAGAGUUAUCAGUACUAUCAAAUCAUUGUCUUAUUGGACUUAUCUCGUGGAUGUUACAUAGAUAUAAUAAACUUGCAGCUCCCGCAAUUUUCGAAUCCCACACACACAUAACUUGGAAAGGACUCACUGCAUCUACUUGGAAAUCCAUCCACGAUGACAUCCAAUGCACGAAAAAACUCUCAGAAUGUUGCCCGCGAGCAUUGGGACAGCAAACAGGAACUGAUACCAGGCCAUCCCAUUGGACUAAGACCAGAACCAACGACUCAGGUCCGCAGUGACCCUUGGCAAUCAGUCAGUGCACUGCAAUUGGGAUUUCAGCCACGGUCGUUUGGUGAACUGCACACAGAACGACUGUACCUACUUGAGAUGCUUCAACAGUACGAUAGGCGAGCCUUCGAACUAUUCACGAAAGUACCCCUCGUCGAACAUAGAGCCUGCCAGGUCGAUGAUCCAGCAAGACAAAAGCGAGCUAAAAAACAUCGAGGUUGGCUGAGACAUCGUAUUGUGGACACUGUCGAGGAAGAGAAGAAAAUAUUGGCGAGACUAAGUGAGCUACAUGUUGAAAUCCAAUGUCGUGAGAGAUGGUCGCGAGUCGAGAAGGAAAGAGAAAGGAUACACCUUACACCGCAGCAUCUCUCUGAUUACCCAGAUCUUCCUACCUAUCCACGAACGCCUUGGGGCCCCCGAAUGUAUCCAUUGCCUCCUCAACUAUAUGACCCUCAGUUCCAAUACUAUAUGUACACUGGAACUCCACACAUGUAUUAUGAGAGGCCAAUUUGGAAUCACGACACUCCGACAUACGGACAAAAUACUUCUAAUAAUAACUCCAAACCCGAAGAGCAUGAACUGGAUGGCACACCUAUCGACAGUACACAGGAUUACGAGUCUCGUCAACGUUCACAAUCUUUAGGGGAACUUACGGCAUCGAGACCUAAGAAGCAGAAUAGUAUGCCUUCAUUAGGUCGUAGAUGGAGUGGACAAGACGAAGAAAACGUAGGGAUUGAUACGUAAUUUGAAUUAGUAGUUGACUCCUUCCAAAGAUUGUAGAGGAACAGUGUAUCUUAGUCUCGGUGUGCAUAAUAUCAAUUCAUUUUGUCCUAAAUCGC